AUGCAGCCAGGAGGCAAGACUCUGCGUGUUUGGCAUUUGGGCUACCGGACAGAUUUUGGCCUUCCCGGGUUCUCGGACCCGUUUGACAUGUGCACUCUUAUUGAGCUCGUGCUUGUUGAGGGGUUCAGAACCAAUCCAGAUGACCCUGGCACCGAGAAGCUGAGCAUUUGGCCCCCAACAGACGACUGGCUUGAGAACAAGUACGUGAAGCUUCCGCACUUGGAUGGUGCUGGUGAAGGCUGCUAUGCCCUUCCACCUUUCUCGAUCGCGUAUGUCAAAGGGUGGAGGAGAGCGCUUGCUUGUUUGAUCUCAUGUGAAGCAGUUCGAUCGCUGGGAUUGGAUGUUUCCGAGUUGACUUUGAAUUUCAAGGCGUCGCUGAAAGUGAUCCAUGGGACCGUGGGCGCUUUCCAGAGCACCAAGGAAGCAGUGUGGGCAUCACGCGGCAUUACCAUGGCCCAAGUUGCCACCCGCAGAUCUCCCAACGCUAUGAACUUCCUUCGCCAACUGGAAGUGCUCAAGAAGAGUGGUGAUGGCGGGGACUUUGAGGAUUGGCACAAUGCCACCCAGGUAGCUCGUGCCUUCAAAAUCGGCAAAAGUGAAGCGCUGGCAAUCUCGAAUUUGCAAGACAAAAUCAACAAGCAGGUUGUCGUGCUGCUGAAGGAGGCAACCAGGUGUCGGGGAAUGAGGCAGUUCAUGAACCACGACCUUUUGUCGAAAGAUCUCUUCAACGUUGGAUUCAGCAGUGGCGAGACUGGGGCCUUGUCAGCGUGGCCUGUGGAUCUUUCCAACAACCCGGACAACAACUUGGUGAGCCUGUUCAUCGAACGGCUGAAGGCCGAUUGGGACCGCUUGCCAAUCGGCUUGAAAAGGCCAUGGAACUACAAGGAAGCCUUGAUGGUUCAUGCCGCAUGCGGAGGCUACUUGGCUAUCAUGUCUGCGCUCAGGGAGGCAGUGCCCCAAGCAGACUUUGAGGCGCACGAGCAGCAAAUCCGUGACCAAUUCAAUCUCAGCUACUUGGACCCGGACAUCAUUCACUUCCUGGAGAACACGGUCCCCCCUGUCAACCUCCAGGAGGUGAACUUUGUCAGGACAGGUUCAAGUUUUGAAUCCUAA